AGAGAGAGAAACACCUUAAGAGGCAACAGCAACAUCACAUGGCAGCUGAGAGCAGCCUGCUCUGGGAAUAAGAUGGUAUUUUUGAACUCUGCAAGCAAAAAGCGCUUUCAUAAAUUUUAUAUGGGAGGCGUUUUAUGAGAGAGAGAAGAGAGGAAGACAGGAGGAAGAGAGAGGGGGAGAGAGAAAUAUAGAGAGAGAAGGACAGACAGAAGGGAAAGAGAGAGUUGGAGAGUGAAAUAGUGGUACAGCAAGAGAGAGGGCAGAAACAGAUAGGUAUAGGAAGAAAAAGAGUGAUAAAGGUAAAGAGGGAGGAAAAGGGAGUAGAGAGGGAGGAGAGAGGGAGGGAGAGAAACGGGAGUGAGAAAGGCUGGAGCAAAGAGAUACAUACAGAUAGAAGCUGGAGAGCAGGAAGGGAGCAACUGUGGGUCUGUCUCUUGUCAUCUCUGACUGUCUCUGACAGUCUCUCAGCUCUGGCACAGCUCCUGGUGACAAAGGGCUCAAUGACUCUCCUUAGACUCUUUUCCCCCAACACUAAGGGGGUGGAGAGGUGUGAACAGUUCUCAGCCAAAAAAGGGGGCGUCUUCCCCCCCUAAAUACCCCGAGGAGAGAGAGAACUGUGAGACAGAGGGAGAAGGGAUAGAGUGCUGCCUGAAUCCCCUGGUGCUGCUCCUGGAAGCCGGCAGAGAGACUUUCCUGUCCUUUAUCCCAAAUAACGCCGAGAAGAGGGACCCAGAGGACAUACAGAGACACCGGCAGGAGGAAGAGACUUUACUUCCCAGGACUGUGCCCGGCUCCUAGGAUUGCGGGACGCUAAGUGCAGAGGAACACUUGGGAGGGGAAGGGGUCCGUCUCUCGGAUUAAGCUGCUGUCUCUCAGGAGUAGCCGGAGCGUCCCUGUGAUGCGCACAGGUGUCACCAUGCAGCGCACAGGGUGUCACUUGGAUUUAUUUCUGGUUCUUUUCGGACUGCAGUUGCCUUUCAUUUCACUAUGCCCCAUAAAUUGUGUAUGUUAUCCUUCACCAAUGACUGUCAGCUGCCAGGCUCACAACUUUGGGGCUGUGCCUGAGGGGAUCCCAGAAAUCAGUGAGAGGAUAUUUUUACAGAACAAUCAAAUAACCAUGCUCUUACGAGGACAUUUCAGCCCUUCCUUAGUCACCUUGUGGCUUUAUGGCAACAAUAUUACCUUCAUAGAUCCAAACACAUUUGAAGGGUUUGACAACCUUGAAGAACUGGAUCUGGGGGAUAAUCGCUAUUUGAGGGCUUUGGCAGCAGAAACAUUUGAAGGUUUGUCUAGACUUCAUACCUUGAACCUAUACAAAUGUGGCCUCAGUUCCUUGCCUAGUGGGAUAUUUAGUGGACUGCACAGUUUGCAAUUCCUCUACCUUCAAAAUAACCACAUUGAGUUUCUACAAGAUGACAUCUUCAUAGAUCUAGUCAAUCUGAGCCAUCUUUUUUUGCAUGGAAACAAGCUUUGGAGCCUCCAUCAGAAUACAUUUAGGGGUCUGGUCAACCUGGAUCGUCUUCUUAUUCACCAGAAUCAACUUCAAUUUAUUCAUAAAAAUGCAUUUCAUGAUCUUAAGAGGCUGACCACACUUUUCCUCUUUAACAACAGCAUAUCAGAACUGCAAGGGGAGUGUUUGGCUCAUUUGUCUGCUCUGGAGUUUCUUAGGCUUAAUGAUAACCCUUGGGACUGUGGUUGCAAGGCUAGAUCUCUUUGGGAAUGGUUACGGAAGUUUAGAGGGACAAGUUCAAAUGUUAUAUGUGAGUCACCUGAGGUGAUGCAAGGUAAGGACCUCAAAACUUUGAGAGCAGAUGAUUACAUGCACUGCUUAGGCUCGGAAUCGCUUCACCAAAUUAAGACACAUACUUACAGCACCACACACCAGAUAUCACAUAAAGGACACCACUCACACCAUUCCUCCAAGGAAAAAGGAAAAGAUUUGCACCAAAACGAGCCAGCUGCCCAUCCAGACCCACGUCCAGGAACUAAAAAAUCUGGGAAGAACUGUACCAGUCACAAGAACAAAAACCGUUUUUCAAAACCCUUAUCUGGAAAGGGCACACACGAUGUACAGGAUUAUGUGCCGGAUUACCAGCUCAAAUUCAAUUUUGACAAUAUGCCCACUGCGUCAACAAAGCGAAAGACUAAAUGCACACGUAGGACGCCCAUGAGGAUACCCAGUGGAGUGCAGCAGGCAGCAGGCAACGGGUGUCAUGGGGUUAGGGUGUCACUGUUGCUCUUCCUUCUGGUGCUAGCUGUCAUUGUGCGCUGAUCUCCUGUGGAAGGAACUGUAGCCACUGCCACCACUUUCUAAAGGACCAGCAAUUCUUUCUGUUAUUCUUCUUUAUUUGUGUAUGGAGGAUUUGACAUGGAGGAUGAAUGAAAGUGGCUUUGAGUGAUCUCUUGGCUUGUGUUGUUGGAUUAUAAAUGUGAACUGGAAGCAACAGGCAUUAUGGGAACAGCAUUAUCACAAGCCAACCACAUGCAGCUCCAACUUUGCACGUUAAAAGGGCAACAUCAUUGAAAUUGCAGAGAAUUCAUUACUCAUGUUACCAACUAGACAUGCAAAAUGGGGCAUUCUUACUAACAGUUCCUGAUGUUGUUUUUUUGUUUUUGUUUUUUUCUUUUUUUUGAAUAUAAAUAUAUUGUUUGAUCUUUAAGUGGGAACAGAAUUGUUUUUUUUUUUUAAAUAAUAACCCACAAGCAUUGUAAGUCAGACCUCCAACACAUGCAAAAGACACUGUGUGAGUAAUGUCUCCACCCGGUUCUGAUGGCCUAUUCAGAUGUUAUUGGUCAUUGGGCCAAUACUGCUCGGAAGACAAUCUAUAAUUCCUGAACAAACUCAGGCAUAUUAUCUCUAUAUAGCAGGGCUCAGCUGCCAUGCUACCAAAGGAAGGUUGCAAGCAUACAAUAGGACUUGUUAAAAAUAAAAUAGAAACGAGAUUCCUGCAGGCAGCCUGUUUAUUUUGUAUCUGUAUCCACAUAGUUAUUUAAUGACACAGCCCUUUCCCUGCCCCCCUUUCGUCCAAAUAUUCAUAAGUGUGUCUAUAAAUGUUUCUAUGGUUAUAUCUGAUAGGAAAAAAAAAAUAUGAAAAAGAAAACCAUGCUGUUUGUUUUAUAGCAAAUAGACAUUAUUGGCUUUGAGCUUUGAAAACAUUGGCAACUUUGCUUAGUUAUUGGGGGGUUGGGUGGGGGUAUUUAUGAAUCCACAGCUGUCAGUGGUAGUGAGUACAACAUGGUGUUUAUGUUGAAAAAGCUGCAGAUUAUGUCCAGUUUGGGCCCAUCAUUAAGGGUAAAACUACUCUAUAACUUAACACAUUAACAUGCUGUACGCAGAGGCAUCAGAGUGGAUUAGCAACAAGUGGAAUCUAAAAGUACAUGCUAUGUUGGUUCAUCAUUCCUCAGCCAUAGAAGUCAGUGUCCGGUUGGGGAGCAGAAGGUGAAAGUGGAAUAUCUCUAUAAACAUUGAGACAUUCUAACUAAGGGAAGGGAAAUGGGUUACUCCCAUCAGUGUUAGUUGACCGUGAGCCUUAUAGCUGGUCUAGGGGUAUUCACAGCAUAGGUGUAAGUCCCAGCCAUUGUCCAUGCCCAUGUCACUCUUAUCUAAAAACUUUAUUCGACAUGGGCAAUCUCCUGAAUUAGCUUAUUUCUAUGACACAGAAACUCUCUAAGUGGUCUUCAGAAACUCAUGAAAAAUACUAUAAGAUUGGAAAAAAAUAAGUCAAUCAAAAAAUAGGGUUGAUGUUUAUCAGAAGACUAUUGAUAUGUAUUUAGGGAAAUCUACCUGUGCCUAUUUUUACUUGCAGAGUACGCUGUGUUCUAACACACUAUCUUCAAAGGCUAGCAUGGAAACAUCAUAGGACAAAUUGUCUUGGGAUUAGCUAUACAGUAUCUGCAGAACUAUGGGGGACUAUAAAGUGAUGUCACUCAAGUUUUACCAAGAGCAAAAAAAAAUAAAAAAUAAAAAAUAUAUAUAUAUCAUAUAAUGAAGAUACUAAAUAUUUUAAAAUAACUAUUUAUUUUUUUUGCCCUGGAAAGCUGGAGUACACAUGGUGAUAGAUGUCCCCGCUGCCGGUAACAGUAGCAGUGUUAAUCAGAUAUAGAUAACGAAUCUAGUGACUACACACAAAAUAAGAAAAAAAAAUGUUAUUUCCUUGUAAGAGAACUUGUGUGACCAGAAGAGAACACUGAAAUAAACUAAAAUAAAAAAUAGCCUUGGGUAUAAAAAAAACCUCUCUGCUCGCUUUUUUCCCCCCCACACAGUUUGAUGUGACGAGAAUACACUGGUUUCAGGCUGUUUCUAUUCAUUCCCUUGGCUCAUUGUUUUUGAAGGCAAAGCAUAUUUGUAUGCACUGGUUAUGCUGUCUUAUUACCAUAUUUUAAUGUGCUGACCACUGUUUAUUAUAGUAGUAAUGGUCCCUAACAUUGUAUUCUUAAUGUGAUAUACU